AUGGGGCUGCCACUAGCCCGCCUAGUGGCCCUCUGCCUGGCCCUGACCUUGGCCAGGGGCGAGGAGCUGCGGAGAGAGGGCAGAACGCGCAACCACGGCCACAACGUCUGUAGCACCUGGGGCGACUUCCACUACAAGACCUUCGAUGGCGACGUCUUCCGCUUCCCCGGCCUCUGCGACUACAACUUCGCCUCGGACUGCCGUGACACCUACAAGGAGUUUGCUGUGCACCUGAAGCGGGGCCCAGGCCGCAAGGGUGGCCACCCCCAGGUCGAGUACAUCCUGUUGACCGUCAAGGACGACAUGGUCUACCUCACCCCCGAGCUGGCUGUGCUGAAUGGGGCUAAGGUCAGCACCCCUCACUACAGCCCCGGGCUGCUCAUCGAGAGGAACGACGCCUACAUCAAGGUCUACUCCCGUGCCGGCCUCACCCUCAUGUGGGACUGGGAGGACUCGCUCAUGCUGGAGCUGGACAGUAAAUUCCAGAACCACACGUGUGGGCUCUGUGGGGACUACAACGGCCUGCAGAGCUACUCCGAGUUCCUGUCUGAUGGCAUGCUCUUCAGUGCUGUCCAGUUCGGGAACAUGCAGAAGAUCAACAAGCCCGAGGUGGUGUGCGAUGACCCCGAGGAGGGGCAGACCCCUGAGUCCUGCUCUGAGCACCGCGCCGAGUGCGAGAAGCUGCUGACAGCCGCGGCCUUCAAGGACUGCCUGGGCCUGGUGCCGCUGGAGCCGUACGUACGGGCCUGUGUGCAGGACCGUUGCCAGUGCCCCUCGGGCGCCUCCUGCAUCUGCAGCACCCUGGCUGAGUUCUCCCGCCAGUGCUCGCACGCCGGCGGACGCCCCGGGAACUGGAGGACUGGCACUCUCUGUCCCAAGAGCUGCCCCGGGAACAUGGUUUACCUGGAGAGUGGCUCGCCCUGCAUGGACACCUGCUCACACCUGGAGGUCAGCAGCCUGUGUGAGGAGCACCGCCUGGACGGCUGUUUCUGCCCUGAAGGCACCGUGUACGAUGACAUUGCGGGCAGCGGCUGCAUCCCCGUGAGCCAGUGCCACUGCAAGCUGCAGGGACAGAAGUACACGCCCGGCCAGCAGAUCACCAAGGACUGCGAGCAGUGCGUGUGCAAUGCCGGCCGCUGGGUGUGCAAAGACCGGCCGUGCCCCGGGUCCUGUGCGCUGGAGGGCGGCUCCCACAUCACCACCUUUGAUGGGAAGAGGUACACCUUCCACGGGGACUGCUACUAUGUGCUGACCAAGAGCGACCACAAUAACUCCUACGCCCUCCUGGGCGAGCUGGCCGUCUGCGGCUCCACGGACAAGCAGACCUGCCUGAAGACGGUGGUGCUGCUGGCCGACAAGAAGCAGAACGUGGUGGUCUUCAAGUCGGAUGGCACUGUGCUCCUGAACGAGCUGCAGGUGAAAUUGCCCCACGUGACGGCGAGCUUCUCCAUCUUCCAACCGUCCUUGCAUCACCUCAUCGUGAACACCGCCUUCGGCCUCAGGCUGCAGGUCCAGCUGGUGCCGAUCAUGCAGCUCUUCCUGACGCUGGACCAGGCCGCCCAGGGCCGCGUGCAGGGCCUCUGUGGGAACUUCAAUGGCCUGGAGGGUGAUGACUUCAAGACAGCUGGUGGGCUGGUGGAGGCCACGGGGGCGAGCUUCGCCAACACCUGGAAGGUCCAGUCGAGCUGCCCCGACAAGCUGGACUGGCUGGAUGACCCCUGCUCCCUCAACAUCGAGAGUGCCAACUAUGCUGAGCAUUGGUGCUCCCUGCUGAGGAAGACGGAGUCCCCCUUCGGCAGGUGUCACUCGGUUGUGGACCCAGCUCAGUACUACAAGGUGGGUGGGACCCCCUCCUGCACUCCCCAGCCCCUGCUCCGUGACAGGAAGGUGUCCCCGGUGCGCCUGGCUGAGCCUGACUGGCUGCCUAGGUGCAAAUACGACACGUGCAACUGCCAGAACAACGAGGAGUGUCUGUGCGCCGCCCUGUCCUCCUACGCCCGUGCCUGUGCCGCCAAGGGCGUCACGCUGUGGGGCUGGCGGGAGAACAUCUGCAACAGGGACGUGGGCUCCUGCCCCAACUCGCAGAUCUUCCUGUACAACCUGACCACCUGCCAGCAGACCUGCCGCUCGCUGUCCGAGGCCGACGCCCACUGCCUCCAGGGCUUUGCGCCUGUGGACGGCUGCGGCUGCCCCGACCGCACCUUCCUGGACGAGAAGGGCCGCUGUGUGCCCCUGGCUAAGUGCUCCUGCUACCACCGAGGGCUCUACCUGGAUGCGGGAGAGGUGGUCCUGAGGCAGGAGGAGCGGUGCGUGUGCCGCAACGGGAGGCUGCACUGCAAUCCAGUCAAGCUGAUUGGCGAGGCCUGCAAAGCCCCAAAGAUCCACAUUGACUGCAACAACCAGACCGCGCUGACCAUCCGGAACCCCCGCCCCCUCAGCUGCCAGACGCUGGCUGCAGGACACUACCAGACAGAGUGUGUGAGCGGCUGCGUGUGCCCCGAGGGGCUGAUCGACGACGGCCGAGGUGGCUGCGUUGUGGAGGAGGACUGCCCCUGUGUGCACAACAAGGGCUUCUUCUCCCACGGGGACAAGAUCAAGGUGGACUGCAACACCUGCACCUGCCAGAGAGGACGCUGGGCAUGCACCCAGUCUGUGUGCCACGGCACGUGUGUCAUCCAUGGGAGCAGCCACUACAUCACCUUUGAUGGGAAGUACUACAACUUCGAUGGAAACUGCUCCUACGUGGCCGUUCAGGACUACUGCGGCCAGAACUCCUCACUGGGCUCCUUCAGCAUCAUCACUGAGAAUGUCCCGUGUGGCACCACGGGCGUCACCUGCUCCAAGGCCAUCAAGAUCUUCAUCGGGAGGACAGAGCUGAAGCUGGAGGACAAACACCGCGUGGUGAUCCAGCGUGACGUGGGCCACCAUGUGGCCUACACCACGCGGGAGGUGGGCCAGUACCUGGUGGUGGAGGCCAGUGUCGGCAUCAUCGUCAUCUGGGACAAGAGGACCACCAUCUUCAUCAAGCUGGCCCCCUCCUACAAGGGCACUGUGUGCGGCCUGUGUGGGAACUUCGACCAGCGCUCCAAGAAUGACUUCACCACGCGGGACCACAUGGUGGUGGAGAGCGAACUGGAUUUUGGGAACAGCUGGAAGGAGGCCCACACCUGCCCGGAUGUGAGCGCCACCCCCGAGCCGUGCACCCUGAAGCCACACCGCCGCUCCUGGGCCAAGAAGCAGUGCAGCAUCAUCAAGAGCCCGGUCUUCAGCGCCUGCCACAGCAAGGUGGACCCCACGCCCUUCUACGAGGCCUGUGUCUAUGACUCGUGCUCCUGCGACUCGGGCGGCGACUGCGAGUGCUUCUGCUCUGCCGUGGCCGCCUACGCCCAGGAGUGCACCAAGGAGGGGGCCUGCGUGUUCUGGAGGACGCCAGACCUGUGCCCCAUAUUCUGUGACUACUACAACCCCCCGCACGAGUGUGAGUGGCACUACGAGCCUUGUGGGCACCGCAGCUUCGAGACCUGCAGGACCAUCAAUGGCAUUCACUCCAGCAUCUCCAUGUCCUAUCUUGAGGGUGAGCGGGGCCUCCUGGGCUGCUACCCCCGGUGCCCUAAGCACAGGCCCAUCUAUGACGAGGACCUGAAGAAGUGCGUCAGAAGAGACCAAUGUGGCUGCUAUAUCGAGGACACCCGCUACCUACCUGGAGCGUCUGUUCCCACGGACGACAUCUGCCAGUCUUGCGUGUGCACCAAGUCCUCGAAGGUCGUCUGCCGGCCCAAGGAAGGAAAGAUUCUCAACUACACCCAGGACGGCUUCUUCUGCUACUGGGAGCUAUGUGGCCCCAACGGGAUGGUGGAGCAGCACUUCAACAUCUGUGGGUCCACACUGUCACCCUCAACCUCCUCCGGACCCACGAGCGUGACCCCUGUCACCUCCACCACCGCCACCACCACCACCAUCAUCACAACGACCCCCACCUCAACAGAGACCUCAAACCCUACGCCUAACAAGUCCACACCCAUGCCCACUACUACGUGUGUGGCUGACUGCAAGUGGACUGGGUGGCUGGAUUCUG